UCACGUAUGAGAUGGUUGAAAUUUCUCAAAUGGUUUUAGUUUGCACAAUAUCGUCGAGAUGGCGUCGUCUUUGAGAUGCAUUUUAAUUAUGGAAUACUUCGGUAGAAUGCAUGAUACGCGAUACACGUUGUUAAAGGAGGUAUUUGUUGAGAAAUAAUAGAAAUUCUUUCGCGUUACAAUAAUACGUCUUUCUCUCUCUUUCUGUCUACAGUCUUUCUGUGUGCUGGUGUCGUUAAGUACCUUACGUCUAGCUCUCUUUCGUAGUGUGUGUGUGUUGUGUUUAUGUAUACGAAUACCUUAAAGAAUGCACGUAUGUGGCUUCGGCAUUACCAUUACGUCUUCUCAUCUUGGUAAAGUGUAUAAGUGUAUACUUUUUAAUUUAAAAUACAUGUUCGCGUCCAGUGUGUAAAAUUUUAAUCAAAAAAAUCGCCAAAACGAUGGACUGGUGAUGUAAAAAUCGACAAAUACCAUCGUAUAUUUAUCGGCUGACAGGUGCUUGAUGCUGGAAAACCAUGCCAUCUUAUAGAAAUAUAGCCAAUAUUCAAUCGCAAAAACCCAAACUAGAGGCGAAGCGUCCGGUCGAUAAGAUAAAAUAUUCCAUACGCGAUACCAAUGGCAACAUACCUGGAAAUAUAAAUUACAACGGUGUUGUUAACGAUACGAAGAAUUUUUUAAAUAAGAAACAUCAACAGCAACAAUAUUACUUCGAUAAUAAUACCAUAAUUACAAAUAAUUCAACGAGUAACCCUUCGUGUUUCACAUCGGUAACUCAAAACCAAGAAUGGUUACUGGAUUUGUGCUGUUCACUGCAGGAAUCUGCUUUGAAAGCUUUAAGGCUGUCUAAUGAGAAAUACGAAGCUACUUUGGAGCAGCUCAAGCAACAAGUGGUUGCUGAAGAUAAUACGAGCAGAGAUAACUUUUCUUCAGCCCAUCUCGCCUCAAACACCACCGGUGAACCCCCUCGAUCAGUAUCUUGCACCCGAAUCCAGCGCACCUGCAACGAUCCACCACCUCUACCACCACCUCGACACCUAGCAUGCCGACCACCACCUCUACCACCACCUCCUUCGCUGCAUCUACGGCAAAAGAUAUCCUCAUCCAGCACUCCAGCUCCAAAAUACCCUCCUCAAGUUACGUACCAUCAAUCACCACCCUUAUGCCAGAUCCCCAAUCCAUCACCAUCGAUGAUAUCCUGCUCUUCAGGCUGCAGCAGCGUACUAGACAAACACCCCAUUAAACCAUACGACUACCGGAAUUCACCUUCGUCUGGAUUCUACUCUUGUUCAGCCGGUUCACCGAGUCCAUCGAGUGUAUCUUCAGAACUAGACAAUUCAACUCACUCACCUGGUCAUAAUAGCGGCGCAAAUUGGUCACAUAACCUUCCACCAACUCCUUGUUCUCCUCUACUGGUAACACAAUUUGUAAAAAGCACCCAGGUUCCAAGACCUUUGCUGCAAACCGCCUCAGCACCACCUGUUGCCCCCACCAAAGACCCUCCAAAUUACGCCAGUGCCAUGCAGCAACGUAUCGAUACACCUCCGGCAGUAACCCCUCCUCCUCAUCCUCCAGUCCAGCAUCAUUCUCCUAUACCCGAACGCAAACAAUGCAAGCAACAGAAAGACUGUAAAGUUCGCAAUUAUUCGUCCCAAGCUUUUAAGUUCUUCAUGGAGCAACGAGUCGAAAACGUGCAUAAAUCAUGCAGACAACGUAUCUUUAGACGAGUCCAGCUGGAGAAUGAAAUGGAGAAGAUUGGUUUGAGCGAUGAGACUCGCGAUCAGAUGCGUAAGAUGUUAUGCAAGAAGGAAUCCAAUUAUAUUCGACUGAAACGAGCCAAAAUGGAUAAAUCCAUGUUCACCAGUAUCAAAGUCAUCGGAGUGGGGGCUUUUGGAGAGGUGGCUUUGGUUCGGAAAACCGAUACUAAUCAUUUGUACGCGAUGAAGACGUUACGAAAAGCGGAUGUGCUCAAGAGGAAACAAGUAGCUCAUGUUAAAGCUGAGAGGGAUAUUUUGGCCGAAGCUGAUAACGAAUGGGUGGUCAAAUUGUAUUAUUCUUUUCAGGAUAACGACAACUUGUAUUUUAUAAUGGAAUAUAUUGCUGGAGGUGAUCUGAUGUCUUUACUCAUCAAAUUUGGUAUAUUCGAAGAAUCUUUAGCGAAAUUUUAUUUAGCAGAACUGACUUGUGCUGUAGAAAGUGUCCACAAAAUAGGUUUCAUUCAUCGAGACAUAAAGCCAGAUAAUAUUUUGAUCGAUCGAGACGGUCACAUCAAACUUACAGACUUUGGUCUCUGCACAGGGUUUCGAUGGACACACGACUCCAAAUACUACAAUAAUGAUGGUCACAAUCGCGACAACUCUUUGGACUUGGUUGAUAAUAUGUGGAAUCAAGGCAGCACUGUGAAUUGUAAAUGUUCCCAGUCCAAACCACUGGAAAGGAGACGACGUCGAGAACAUCAAAGAUGUCAAGCCCAUUCUUUAGUCGGAACACCUAACUAUAUAGCUCCUGAAGUCCUCCUCAGAACUGGCUACUCGCAACUUUGUGAUUGGUGGAGCGUAGGUGUAGUUUUAUACGAAAUGCUGAUAGGAUCGCCGCCAUUUUCAGCUGAUACCCCUACUGAGACUCAAUAUAAGAUAAUAAAUUGGAAAAGUACCUUGAAAAUACCACCCAACUGCGAAGUAUCUGCCGAAGGAAUAGAUUUAAUUUUGAAGUUAUGCACGGGCCAAGAUCAAAGAUUAGGUAAAAACGUCGACGAAAUAAAGAAACAUCCGUUCUUCUCAGAUAUUAAUUUCGAAAACGGAGUACGAAAGAUUACACCACCCUAUAUUCCUACCAUACAUUAUCUCACCGAUACCUCCAACUUCGAUCCUAUCGAUCCUGAGAGUCUUCACGAGUGUAAUUCCGUAACAUCUGAUUUUUCCGAGGCAUCGGAUGAUGGUAAACCAUUCCAUGGAUUUUUCGAAUUCACUUUUAGACGAUUUUUCGACGAUACCGGAGGUGGUGUGCCAUUUCGAACGAAGAUCACGCCCGAAGAAAGUGAUAAUCGAAUUGCCAUUUAUGUUUAAAAGUGAUGAUCUUUUUUCUCGAAAAAAAAAGAUAUUCUUAGUUGAAUUUUCAUGUGAUAGUAUUGCAAUAUUAUAGGAUUAAGUUUUUUUUUUUGUGAAAUAAUUGUAUUGAUUUAGUACUUAUUUUUUUCUUUAAAAAAAGGUAAAUAUGUAUUAUAUAAAGGUGCUUAAAAAGCACACGUGUUUUUAUGUAGGAAAAUUUUUUAAAUUAAAAUCGACAAAUGAUAAAUAUUUUAUCAUUUCGAAAAUACAUAUUAAAAUGAUGAAAUUA